GCAGAGCCUGCACUCCAGCUAAGUGUUCAGUUAGGCACAGACGCCCUAGCCGCACUCCCACUCUCUCCUUGCUUUUCAUUUGGACGUUUUGUGGUGCCGAACAGCAAUAAGCAGCCAUGGAUGCCAUCAAGAAGAAGAUGCAGAUGCUCAAGCUCGACAAGGAGAAUGCCUUGGACAGAGCUGAGCAGGCUGAGGGAGACAAGAAGGCAGCAGAGGACAGAAGCAAACAGUUAGAGGACGAUAUAAGAGAGUUGGAAAAGAAAUUGCGCGUUACUGAAGACGAGAGAGAUAAAGUGUUUGAAGAGUUCCAAACUGCUGAGGAAAAGCUGCUGACCGCUGAGGAGGUCGCCACCAAGGCUGAGGGAGAUGUCGCUUCCCUUAACAGACGUAUCCAGCUGGUUGAGGAGGAGUUGGAUCGUGCUCAGGAGCGUCUGGCAACUGCCCUGACCAAGCUGGAGGAGGCUGAGAAGGCUGCUGAUGAGAGCGAGAGAGGCAUGAAGGUCAUUGAGAACAGGGCCAUGAAGGACGAGGAGAAGAUGGAGCUGCAGGAGAUCCAGCUCAAAGAGGCCAAGCACAUCGCUGAGGAGGCUGACCGCAAAUAUGAGGAGGUCGCCCGUAAGCUGGUCAUCAUUGAGGGUGACCUGGAGCGUACAGAGGAGCGCGCUGAGCUGUCAGAAAGCAAAUGCUCUGAGCUUGAGGAAGAGUUGAAAACUGUGACCAACAACCUGAAGUCACUGGAGGCCCAGGCUGAGAAGUACUCACAGAAGGAGGACAAAUACGAGGAGGAGAUCAAGGUCCUCACCGACAAGCUGAAGGAGGCUGAGACUCGUGCUGAGUUCGCUGAGAGAUCAGUAGCCAAGCUUGAGAAGACCAUUGAUGACUUGGAAGAGAAACUGUCACAAGCUAAAGAAGAGAACCUCGAUAUGCACCAGAUGCUGGACCAGACUCUAAUGGAACUGAAUAAUUUGUGAAAGCACGGUCUGACCCCACACGCACUGUGGUUUUCGGCUUUUUUUGUACUUGCACCUUGCUUACCAUAAACCCCUCCUCGCGUACCUUGCCCGUGGUGGAGAUGAAACAGCCAGAUGCUACUCCUAUUGCACCGUCCUGCCUUCAGUGGAACUCGACCAAGGAGCACAGCUAAGGGGAAGCAAAGCUUUAACCAUUCCCUUUGAUGAAGCCUAAACCGAGAAACGAGAUUGCUUUCGCAAGCAAGUUUUUAUUCUUUUAAUGGUGUCUGCCUUUUGCAAUCCUUGAGAGAGUUCUUUUUUUUUUUUUUUUUUUUGACAAGUCAUCUGGUGAAAUGACGUGCAAGAUUAUUUGCUACGUCUGCAUUGAAGCUGAUCUGGUACGUUCCAUUCCACCUUGAUAAUGCACAAACCAAAGGACAAAGUGGAUAAAUUUUGCACCAAGUUAAACCUCAGCGUUAUGCACAUUUUCAAUUCUGUAAGACAAACUAUAAUUAAAAAAGAUACAUUCCCUCCUCCCAGAAACUUUCCUCACAAGUGUAAGUAUACAUUGGCCCUGUAUACUGGUGCUACUCUAUUCUUUAAGCAAUGACCGGAAAUGCUAAUGCAUUAUAGUAUAUUCUUAUUCUCUUAUGGUUCAAAAUUUUUUCAUCUUGUCUAUAAAGUAUGGUUUCAGUCAUCUGGUUGUGCAUUUUUAGCAUUGUAUUAAUGUAGAUGUCUCAAGUGUUUAUCAUAUCUGAAAUGUACAGAUUAUGAAAAUAAAUAAAAGCACGUUUUGAAAGUU